GAAAAGCAACAGAGAAGGGAGAGAGAGAAAACCACCCCAAACUCUCGGCCUGGUCUCUGCUUCAGAAAUGAAACUACUGCUUUUCCUGUAAAGGGGAAGGGGGGGUUAUUAAGGAAAAAGGGAUGCAUUAAUUUUGGGGCUUGAGCUCAGCCCACAGCGACUGUCAGCUGGACAAGGAAUAGUCAAUAAGGUAGAAAGGGGCAGAAGGAGGGGAAAAGUGUGAGGAAAAAGCAGAACUAAUGCAGUUUAGGGCAGAGCUUGCAGCUUGGGAAACAGUGGCCUGAAGUGAGACCUGCUUCCCAGCCAAGUGUACUGAGGCCUUUUCUCCCCGCAAGGAGGAAAAACUAGCGCCGAGGAGCAGGGAAACGGGUGUGUGCGCGUGUCCCCAAGUAGGCCUUGUCUGGACCAGGGUAGAAAUGGCUUCUGGGGAGGCUGGCGAAGAGCUCCUCCAAGAUGGCACCUGCGACGUCUGCGAGCCCGACGAAGCCCAGAGCGCCGCGCAGGUCUGCGAAGACUGUGGCUUCUCCUUUUGCCAGAUUCACGCCGACGAGCACAGGCGAAAGUACGGGACCCAUCGUAUGAGGGGCUUCGUGGCUCCGGAGGGACCGAGGCAGGCGGGGAGCCAGGGGGGCUCCGGGGUAGACCCCGAGGAGGCGGCGGAGGAUGGGGAGCGCACGCUGGAGCGCAAGAAGUGCGAAGAGCAUGGCGAAGACCUCAGCUUGUACUGCAAGGAGCACGAGAAAAUCAUCUGUGUGCUGUGCGCCGUGUCCGGCCCUCACCAGCAGCAUGAGCUCAUCACGCUGAACGACGCCUACGAAGCCUGCCGGAACAGAGAACGUGUGGACCUGAAGGGGGCCAUGCUGGAGAUGGUGGAAAGGUUGAAGUUCAAGUGUGCAGACCCCAAAGUGACGCAAGGUGCCAUGAAGCAGUGCAUUCAGCAAGAGUUCGACAAAGUACGGCGUCUGGUUUGUGAAGAGGAACAGAGAGCUCUCCACCUGGUGGAUCUCCAAGAAGCAUUGGCCACUGCUCACACAACGGAAGUUCUGGCUGAAAUCGAUGUCCGCAUGGAAAAAUUGAUGACUGAGAUGGCAGAGCUCACAAGGCAGCUGAACACCUUUAAUGAGCUAGCUCUUCUCAAGCCUGAGAGCGCAGAUGAAGAAACCAGGGUUGAACAUAUCCCUCUUCCUUCUCUGAGCCCUUCCCAGAGAGACCGGCAAUACAAUGAUGAUGAUCCAUCGCCUGCCAAUGGACCCUGUUGAACAGCAGAAGUUUCAUUACUGAGAAAAGUGUGCAGGAAUUCUCCUUUUAUUUACAGAAGAAUGCCCCAACAUUCAAACUCUCUAUGGUGAAGAUGACUUAAGGUGUUGGAAGAUUCUCUUAAGUCCUGAAUCUGUAGCAGAAGCAGCGGACUCCUUUUGCAGUACCCUUCUCCUGCCUCUUAAGGCAUCGUUUGUUUCUUCCCCCUUGCAAACACACUGCUUGUCAUGCCUAAUGACUUUUUUGCAGAUCAGUCAUCUUAUCUCCAAGGGUUGACAAACAUCUUGCAAAAAACAAGACUGAAAGAUGGCAUUGUGCUACAAAAGUAGAAAUACAGCUGUAAAAGCCACACUGAUGUUAAGGUUCCUGAGGACAUGGUUUCAAUAAUUCCAAGUCAGCUAAAAUGAAAUGUUAAUAAACUGGGUUUUUAAUUUUAAUGUUUAUAGAAUAAAAAUACAAUAAAAGAUGUGUGAGUUUCAGUAUAGCAUAAA